AUAUAUAUCUUUCAUUGAUGAUACAAAUUUUUAAAGUAAUCAUUACACGUUGAAGUCCAAAUGCACCUUCCCCAAUCAAACUUCCCUUUAUUAUCAUAUGCAAAUAGUUUGACUUACAAAAAUCUUUUAGACCAUUUCUCAUUGUCCUAAAACAUCAUGGCUAAAAACCAAACCAAAACCACAAUAACAUCCUCAACAUUAUCAUCAUGAAUGCCACAGCCUCUAGCCCUGAUCCAAACUCCUCGGUCGACGCGUUCCUAGGAUCGCAUAACAUAGGUGGAUUCGCCUAUGGGAUCGGGGUCUCAACUGGCAUAUUGUUAUUGAUAACGACUAUCACUCUGACGUCCUACUUUUGUACGAGACAUCAAACGAUAGUAGAGGCCCCGCGGAGGAGGAGGCAACGGAAUAAUAAUAAUAAUGAUGAUAAUAAUGAGGUACAACAAGUGGUUGUUGACGUGGACGUGGGGCUUGAUGAGGAAACCCUAUCGAGUUUUCCAAAAGUGAUGUAUUCGGAAGCAUGUAAGGAUUAUUAUUCAACAGCAAGUAGUUGUUGUUCAAUUUGUUUGGCUGAUUACAAGAAUAGUGACAUGUUAAGACAAUUGCCUGAUUGUGGUCAUUUGUUUCAUUUGAAAUGUGUGGAUCCAUGGUUGAGGUUACAUCCAACUUGUCCUAUUUGUAGAACAUCUCCAUUGCCAACACCACUAUCAACUCCAUUGGCUGAAGUUGUUCCUCUGGCAACUAGACCUCUUGGAUAAAGUUCCAUCAAAUUCAAUGGCUUUUAGUGUCUGAUAUCUGUUCUGGAGCUCGAUUAGAGGCGAAAUAGUGUUCACCGGUCACUUUUCGACACUAUUUUUGAGAAAUAGUUGAUGUCAUGGCUGAAGUCAACUAGACCUCUUGGAUAAAGGGCCAUUCAAAUUCAAUGGCUUUUUAGUGGCUGAUAUCCGUUCUGGAGCUUGAUUAAUUUGAAUUUGAGGCGAAAUAGUGUUCACUUGUCACUUUUUGACAUUAUUUUUGAGAAAUAGUUGAUGUCAUGGCUGAAGUUGUUCCUUUGGCAACUAAACCUCUUGGAUAAAGUGCCAUUCAAAGACAAUGGCUUUUUAGUGGCUGAUAUCCGUUCUGGAGCUCGAUUAAUUUGAAUUUGAGGCGAACUAGUGUUCACCGGUCACUUUUCGACACUAUUUUUGAGAACUAGUUGAUGUCAUGGCUGAAGCUGUUCCUUUGGCAACUAGACCUCUUGGAUAGAGUGUCAUUCAAAGACAAUGUUUUCUUAGGGACUUAUAUUCACGUUUGAACUCGAUUAAUCCAGAUUUGGGGCGAAACAGCGUUUACUGGCCACUUUUCGGCCCUAUUUUUGAAAAUAUAAUUAACAUCGUGGGUUUCAAGUUCAUAGGCGAAAAUCUUGGAUAUUGUCACGGAGUUUCAUAUGUGAAAUUUGAAACUCCAUAAUAAUGGCUAUUUUUUCAAUUAUAGAGGCUGAAAAGUGGCUAUUUUCGGGCCUAUUUUUGAAAAAUAUUUAACAUCGUGGGGUUUCAAGUUUAUGGGUGAAAAUCUUGCAUAUUGUUACAGUGUUUAUAUGUGAAAUUUGGAAACUCCAUAAUGGCUAUUUUUUCAAUUAUAGAGGCUGAAAAGAGGCUAUUUUCGGACCUAUUUUUGAAAAAUAGUUAACGUUAUGGGGUUUCACGUCCACAUGUGAAACUCUAAGAUAUCGUUAUUUAGCUUUAUUUUUUAAAUUAGAAAACCCAUAAUAAUGGCUAUUUUUCAACUAUAGAGACUAAAAGUGGCUAUUUUGUGAACUUUAUCUUGAUUCGUCCUGAGAAGUCUUACUUUAGCAUGAGUCUACCUACCAAGUAUUUCUUAUUUCUAUCUAUAUUAUAGAUUAAUUAUCUCUUCGUCUAAAUUUACAUGUAUUAUAUAUAAUAUGUGUCACUAGGAGAAAAUAGUUUUCUUCUAUAGCCAAUUUUUUUUGUUUGGAUUCUUUAUGUAUAAUAAUCUCCUCAUUUUUUUUUUUCUAUAAUUGCUUAUUAAUAGUAAAAGAAAUACAAAUUUAAGUUUCAAGAGGUGCAAUCGAAUAUCAUCCAUCGAAAAAUUAUAUCAUAGUUUAUGCGUGAUUCUGUGAUGUGUCUGUUGAUCUUGGAAGUAGGAAAAAAAACAACGGAGUAUAGCCGGAUUUAGCUCCGGUUUUGAACGUUUGAUAGAUGAUUUGAAGUGAGUUAUGCAGAUAUUAUGUUUUCGUAUAAGUAAUAUUAUAUGUUUGAUAAUUGGUUAGGAGGUAUGUAUGAGUUCGUUGAUUUUGAGUAAUAA